UUUCUUCAGCAAACUGUCAGCUGUAAAUCUGAUUUGAACAUUGGGUUUAGCUGUCUUCUCACACGUCCGUUUAGAGGUCUUCGCAGGAGAGCAUCCCCCCCAGUCACAGUUUGUAUUCCCCAGAAGACGACUAUACUGUAUUUGGUGAUGUACUUGAGACGGUCCAGUACUACUGCCAGUAGUUGACACACAGGCGACUCCGCUUAGCUGCUGAAGCUUUAUUGGUUGUUUCGUGGAGACAUCACACAUCAAAGCAGCUUUAUAUAACCGAGGCAUUGUCCAAACGAGGAAUUAUUUAGAUGGUUGUUAAUACUUUGGACUGCGUCUGCAGACUUGCUUCAAGUAUUCGUCUUCUUGUGUACAGUAGAUGUUUCAUCUGAAAUGAGCUGGCGUUUUGUGAUAUACUCUACUAUUGGCUGGGAAAAAGUAAGAGGUUCGCUGCCGUGGAUAAGAAACUUGUAAAUAGUGAAUAAAAAGUGUCUAAGGAACUGCGCUAUAUACAGUACCUUUAACAGAACAAAUCAUUUGUACGUAAGAAAAUCAUACUUAAAAUGCAGUGUCAUAUUCAAUACCUUCACGACGCAUAAAAACAAAUAGCAAAUCCGAAAAUGACGAGGUACAUGUGGCUGUCCUUGCCAUAUGUCUCUAAAUCAUUUCAAAAGUCUGAUGGGACCAAUUUAUCGGACUUGUUCUCAGCUUUCUACGGGUUUCCUAACAGCUCUUGGUUUUUCAACUGGAAUUUUACGCUCGAUGAAGGAAUUUAUGACAACGGAACCAAAUAUGAAACUGAAUCACAGAAUCCGACUGUAAAGGCUCUUCUUAUAGUUGCUUAUUCGGUUAUCAUCGUUAUUUCUCUGUUUGGAAACAUCUUGGUGUGUCAUGUUGUAAUAAAAAACAAGAGAAUGCAUUCUGCUACCAGCUUGUUCAUAGCCAACUUGGCUAUUGCUGACAUAAUGAUUACCCUGCUUAAUACACCGUUUACCUUGGUGAGGUUUGUUAACAGCUCUUGGGUAUUCGGGAAAGCGAUGUGCCAUGUCAGUCGUUUCGCACAAUACUGCUCAGUUCAUGUCUCAGUGUUAACCCUUACUGCGAUUGCUCUUGACCGACACCAGGUGAUCAUGCAUCCUCUUAAGCCCCGCAUGUCAACAGUGAGAGGAGUGAUCUGUAUUGCUGUGAUCUGGGUGAUGGCAACCUGUUUCUCUUUGCCCCAUGCCAUCUAUCAGAAUCUUUUCCGCUUUGAAUUUGGUUAUAAAAAGGUCCGGAUGGUGUGCCUUCAUAGCUUUCCUCAGCCUGCUGACCUCUUUUGGAAGUAUUUGGAUUUGGCCACUUUUGUCUUACUCUAUGUCCUACCCUUGUGUAUCAUCUCAGUGGCUUACAUUAUUGUGGCAAAGAAGCUCUGGAUGAGGAAUGCCAUUGGUGAUGUUACAAUGGAACAGUACUUUGCUCAUCGCCGCAAGAAGAAGAUGACCCUGAAGAUGCUAAUGCUUGUGGUGGUUGUCUUUGCAGUUUGCUGGUUUCCACUGAACUGCUAUGUAGUCCUGGUCUCUAGCAAAGCCAUCAUUACCAACAAUGCACUAUACUUUGCAUUCCACUGGUUUGCUAUGAGCAGCACCUGCUACAAUCCCUUCAUAUACUGCUGGCUGAAUGAAAGCUUUCGCUCUGAACUGAAAUCUUUGUUAUGCAUCUGCAGAAGGCAGCAACCUACAAACACCCAUGUCAUGCCCUCAAUUUCACCCCCCUUUAGGAAUGCAUGGGUUGAACGUGGAAACUGCAGAAGCAGUAAACUCAUCAAUCCAAGCACAAAGUCCACCUCCAAAAUGCACUCUGGGAGAACAGACAUUUCCAUUGUGGAGCCGAUUGUAGCUGUGACCUAGAGUUUAAACAGUCAAAUAUUCAUUAUAGUCUUGGCUUAUGUGUGCAUGGAACACAGGCACGAAAAAGAAAAGUGCAGAAGAUAAUAUAUGAGAAUUAAUUGAUCUAAUUUUUCUCAUAGUGAACUGAGUGCCUGAGUAGCCACUGCCCUCCCUUAUACAUGUGAUGUUCAAAUGUAAUUCUAAUAACUGAUGCACAAAAUACAUAAUCUUACAUAUCCCAGGUGAUUCCACUGGAAAAAAAGACAUCACAAAUUUGAGCCUGGUUUAUGGCAUAAGCCCAAGAGGGAGGGGCCGCUUUCCUCUGAACCUGUUAUUUCAGAAUGUGUAGCUAAAGGUGAAUGACUGGAAGGGAACGAGAGUGAGAGCAGUCUGUUUGUACACCCUUAUUCUCUCUAUGUGAACACAGGGACCAUCGCUAUAAACGUAAGAUGUAACAAUGUAAUUGGUCAUUUCCAUUUCAUAAAUGCUAAUCAGUUGCGUUAUAAUAAUAGUAAUUGGCGAUUUCAAAUUAAAUGAAAUAAUCUCACCGGAUGGCAAACGUUUACAUUUUAAAAACACAAGAUUGCGAUUUACAAUGAAUUAUUUGUAGUUAUGAUUUAUAUUGAAAGCAAAAUGUAAAGGCAAGAGAUCAUCAUAAUAUAGCUGUAUUUGUGUUUUUUCCAUACACAUACAUGUACAGUAUUACAGAUUAAACACACUCCGUGCAACCUAAUUGAAGCCCUUUGUGUUAAUAUAGUAUGUACUGUAUAAUGAGAUGAUAGACGUGAUGAAAUCUGUGGUAUAUUGGCCUUAACGGAAACACCCUUUAUCUAGUGACUUAAUUUCUUUUAACAAAAAAGGCUGUCAUGUUGACAAUACAAUUUCUACAAAUAAGGUUUUCUAUAAAUAAUGUGGAUCCUAUUCAAAUAUAUUACUAAUAACAACUGUAUACUAAUGAAUAUUUGCUGUAUUAGUAUAUACAAUACAUCUAAAAUAUUGAACUCUUUGGAGAAAAUUAAUUUGCAACAGUUCAUGCUCUAUAGGAAGACUAUGAGUUGCAAAUUACUGUAAAAUCUAAUUGUAAUAUUGAUGUCAAAUGUCUGUCUUCAGAGUUUAUGAAACCUUCUUGAUGUAUUUUCUGGUAUAUAAAAAGUGUUAAUCAAUUUUAAUACCGUCUUUUUACAUACAGUACUUCAAACUGUGGUGUCUGAAGUGAUAUUUUGAAAACCAAAGUGUUUAAUGUAUGAUAUUAUGAUAUUUAUAAUAAUUAUUACUAUCUAGAUACUACUGCAUAUUCUUGCUGAUUAAUGUUGUUCAUCACAUUUUCAUGUAAAUACUGUACAUGCAGAUGUAAUUAAAUCCAGAUCAAAUGGUAACACAAAACAAAAGUAAAAGUUAUCCACAAAUAGAGUCACACAAUUGUCUUGCACAUCACGUUUCUCUCACAAACAUGCUUUUAAAAACAGAUGCCUUUUGCAAGUAUUUGAAGCCUGUAAAUAAUUGACCAGCCACAAAAGAAAAAAUAAUAAUUUGCAUGUUUCCUCUGAAACAAGCAGUCAAUACCAUCCUAAGGUGUCUGAGUCAUCACGAUUCCAUCUGUAAAAUCAAGUACUGCAUGAUUUUCAAUGUAAGUCUAAUUAAAUUCAUUAAAGGUCAUCCUUUAAUUAUCAAAUGACUUCAUUACUAGCAAGAUGCUGAAAAUUAUGGAUUUUUCUGACUAUAUUCAUUUUCAUUUUGAAAAGAAGCUCAUUCCACCUUUGUCUGCUGUCUACAUCUGACGUUGGCUUUACUACAGGGUAUUAAAGAGUAACUGGCUGCUUCUUAAAAACCUUUUAUGCUAGUACAUGAAAAGAGUAAGGUUUCUAGUUGUAGAGAUCAUUCAAAUUCUAAUUAAAAUUGUUUGUACUUAAUUGCAGCUUUUUUGAGUAAUUAUUUCUAAACAAUGAUUUGGGUUGUGGGUUAUGUUUUGUGAUGUAAACAAAUUAGUACAAGUCUGUCAAUGAGUGCAUAAUACCCAUCAGACUGCUUUAUUUUCCUACAAAGUUUGUGGCAAAAUAAAAUAAAAUGUGCCAUUUUGGUUUCUUGAUCAAUCAUA